AUGAGAGCCACCAAAAUUCUGUUGCUUCUGCUUUUGUUCUUUCCAGCUAUGUUUUGCACCAAUGUGGACUAUGAUCAUAGAGCAUUGCUCAUAGAUGGCAAACGCAGGGUCUUGAUCUCUGGUUCUAUUCAUUACCCUCGCAGUACUCCACAGAUGUGGCCAGACCUUAUUCAGAAAUCCAAAGAUGGAGGACUUGAUGUCAUUGAAACAUAUGUUUUCUGGAACUUACAUGAACCUCUUCAAGGCCAGUAUGAUUUUGAUGGUAGGAAGGAUUUGGUGAAAUUUGUGAAGACAGUGGCUGAAGCUGGUCUAUACGUGCAUCUUCGAAUCGGUCCAUACGCUUGUGCUGAAUGGAACUAUGGUGGUUUCCCUCUUUGGCUUCACUUCAUUCCAGGGAUUGAGUUCCGAACCGACAAUGAGCCAUUCAAGACAGAAAUGCAGCGGUUCACCGCUAAGAUUGUGGAUAUCAUGAAGCAAGAAAAACUAUAUGCAUCACAGGGAGGACCUAUAAUUUUAUCUCAGAUUGAAAAUGAGUAUGGAAAUAUUGAUACUGCCUAUGGUUCUGCUGGUAAAUCAUACAUCAAGUGGGCAGCAAAUAUGGCGACAUCUCUUGAUACAGGCGUUCCUUGGGUCAUGUGUCAGCAAGGAGACGCUCCUGAUCCAAUCAUUAAUACAUGCAACGGAUUUUACUGUGACCAAUUCACACCAAACUCUAAUACAAAGCCGAAAAUGUGGACUGAAAAUUGGAGUGGAUGGUUUCUUUCAUUUGGUGGUGCUGUUCCUUACAGACCUGUGGAAGAUCUUGCAUUUGCUGUGACACGCUUUUUCCAACGAGGUGGAACAUUUCAAAAUUAUUAUAUGUACCAUGGAGGGACUAACUUUGGCCGAUCUUCCGGUGGACCUUUCAUUGCUACAAGUUAUGACUAUGAUGCACCAAUCGACGAGUAUGGCAUUAUUAGGCAGCCAAAGUGGGGUCACCUUAAAGAUGUGCAUAAGGCCAUAAAGCUUUGUGAAGACGCGUUAAUAGCUACUGAUCCCAAGAUUUCGUCUCUUGGUCCAAACCUAGAGGUGGCAGUUUAUAAAACAGAGUCUGUAUGUGCUGCCUUCCUCGCAAACGUAGACACGAAAUCUGAUAAAACUGUAAAUUUUAGCGGCAAUUCAUAUCACUUGCCUGCAUGGUCUGUGAGCAUCUUACCUGAUUGCAAGAAUGUAGUGCUUAACACUGCAAAGAUUAAUUCUGCAACUGCAAUUUCAAGCUUCGUAACCGAAUCUUCGAAAAAAGACAUUGGAUCUUUAGAAACUUCUAGUUCAAAAUGGAGUUGGACAAGCGAACCUGUUGGUAUUUCGAAGGAUGAUUCAUUGUCAAAAACUGGAUUACUAGAGCAAAUAAAUACCACGGCUGAUAGAAGUGACUACUUGUGGUACUCGUUAAGCAUUGGUCUUGAGGGCGAUCCCGGUUCUCAAACUGUUCUUCAUAUUGAAUCACUUGGCGAUGCCCUUCACGCUUUUGUAAACGGCAAGCUUGCUGGGAGUCGAGCAGGAAACAGUAGUAAAGCUAAGCUUAAUGUGGACAUCCCAAUCACACUAGUUUCUGGAAAGAACAAAAUUGAUCUGCUGAGUUUAACAGUGGGACUUAAGAAUUAUGGAGCUUUUUUUGACACACGGGGAGCGGGGAUCACCGGUCCCGUGAUAUUGAAAGGAUUGAAGAAUGGUAACAACACUCUUGAUCUCUCGUCUCAGAAGUGGACAUAUCAGAUUGGCCUAAAAGGCGAAGAGUUAGGUCUGUCUAGUGGAAGUUCCGAACUGUGGAAUUCACAGUCGACCUUCGCAAAGGACCAACCAUUGACUUGGUACAAGACAAGCUUUGGCGCUCCAUCCGGAAGUAAUCCAGUUGCAAUUGACUUCACGGGGAUGGGAAAAGGCGAGGCCUGGGUGAACGGACAAAGCAUUGGACGAUACUGGCCUACCUAUGUCUCUUCAAAUGCAGGUUGCACUGACUCGUGCAACUAUAGAGGACCUUAUACUUCAUCCAAAUGUCGCAAGAAUUGCGGAAAACCAUCACAAACAUUAUACCAUGUACCACGCUCGUGGUUGAAACCAAACGGAAAUAUUCUUGUAUUGUUCGAGGAAAAAGGCGGUGAUCCAACACAGAUAUCUUUUGCUACAAAACAGCUACAAAGUUUGUGUGCUCAUGUAUCUCAAUCUCACCCACCUCAAAUAGACUUGUGGAACUCCGAAACCGAAUCAGAAAGAAAAAUAGGGCCUGCAUUAUUGCUCGAGUGUCCUGAUCAUAAUCACGUAAUCUCUUCCAUCAAAUUUGCAAGCUACGGAACACCACUAGGUACAUGCGGAAACUUCUACCACGGACGUUGCAGCAGCAAUAAGGCACUGUCAAUUGUACAAAAGGCUUGCAUUGGAUCAAGAAGUUGUAGUGUUGGAGUCUCGACCGAUACAUUCGGAGACCCUUGUAGAGGAUUGACAAAGAGUUUAGCUGUUGAAGCUACUUGUGCAUAG